AUGGAUGUACUUAAGGAAGUAUUGUCGCUAGACCAAGCCAAAUUUGACCAGCUGAAGGAAACGAGCCAAAAUGAAACAGAUAAAACUAAUGAUCCUUUUGAAAACUAUUUGAAGGAUUGUAAAUUCAAAGCGCCUUCAAACCAAGACCAAUCACCAUUUGCCAAACUGAAAUCAUUGCAGGAAACGCAUUCUAACAAUGAAACGGCUAUUAAUAAAAUUAUUCCUCAAUUGAUUGAUUAUUUAACCGAAUUUACUAAUAGAUUAUCAAACUACACACAAGAUUUAGACUUUAUUAAAAAAAAGUCCAACGAAUUACAGUCAUUACUCGAAUAUAACUCCACUAAACUGGCACAUAUCUCUCCCAUGGUCAAUGACUUGAUGAUUCCUCCCGAACUCAUUGAUGACAUCGUUAAAGGGAAGAUCAAUGAAAACUGGCAAGAUAAUAUAACAUUCAUAGCAGAUAAAGAAGAAAUUUAUGACAAGUAUAGGUACAAUAAUGUUGACCAUGAUCACAAGGACACAGAAAACUCGGCAGUGAUAGCACCCAAGGAUUUUGAUAAAUUGUGUCAACUCUUGGAUAUCCUAAAAAAUGUUAUUCUAGAAAGAUCGAAAAGACUUAUUAUCUCAAAAAUCAAAACUUUAAGAAGUCAUCAUCCAGUACCAUCACAGAGGAUACAAACAAAAUUAUUAAAAGUUCAAAAAAUUUUCCCCUUCAUAAGGGAUAAUAAUCUCUCAUUAGCCCUUGAGUUAAGACAGGCAUAUUGUUAUACUAUGAAAUGGUAUUAUAGAGAAUAUUUCUCAAGGUAUAUCAGGUCACUGACUAUUUUACAAUUUCAACAAAUUGAUUCCCAAUUUGCAUUAGGUAAUGGGCUUUCGACAACAUCAGUGGGUGGGUUUAGCAAUUCCCCCUCCUUGUUUUUCUCAAAUUACUUAACUACAUCUGCUUCAAAUGCUUUCUAUAAUAAACUCCCUGUGACAGAUGAGGAAGUUGAUAGAUAUUUUCAGAUAAAGAAAAGAUUAAACAUUCUAACGCAAGAAGAUAAUACAGUAAUGGUAUCUCAAAUUGCUGAAAAUAACACAGCCAAGAACUAUAUUGAAAUUGGAUUUAAAAAUUUAAACCUAGCCAUUCUAGAUAACUGUACGGUGGAGUACCACUUUUUAAAAGAUUUUUUCGCUAUGAAUGGUGAAAAUUUUGAGGAAAUUAAUGGUUUAUUGGAACAAAUAUUUCAACCAACGUUUGAUGAGGCGACAGCAUACACUCAGCAGCUAAUUCAAUAUAAUUAUGAUAUUUUUGGUGUACUCAUAAGUAUUCGUGUGGCUAAUCAAUUACAAUUUGAAUCCGAAAGAAGAGGAAUACCGUCUAUGUUUGAUACUUUCUUAAAUGGUCAAUUAAUUCAAUUAUGGCCUCGAUUUCAGCAAUUAGUAGAUUUUCAAUGCGAAAGCUUACGUAAAGCGGCGAUAACUACAAACGUGGCAAAAUAUGCUGGCAGCUCAACCACAUCCAAUAAUAGUCCUUUGACUUCACCGCAUGAAUUAACCGUACAGUUUGGUAAGUUUUUGUCAAGUUUCUUGACAUUGGCAAUAACACAUAAGCAGGCCAUUGACGAAAGAUCUGAACCGUUAUACAAUUCCAUCAUUAGGCUCAGAAAUGAUUUUGAAACAGUUAUGACAAAGUGCAGUAAAAAGACUAAAUCACCUGAAAGAUUUCUGACCACAAAUUACAUGUAUUUAUACAAUAAUUUACAGCAAUUGCACCUGCACCUAAAUAUAAGCAAUUCAGAUGCACAAAACCACAAUUUUGAUUCUGCAGAAAAUGUUAGCACGAAGGCUACAGAUGAUGACGAAAAUGAUUCAAGCGUGCCGCUAAUAAUCAGAGAAACAGAGAGUCAUUUCAAAACUUUAGUUGAAGCCUUUACCAGAAGCUGA